AUGGCUUUCAUUCAUGCCAAGUGCAGGAACACAGACGCGCCCUACUUGCACAGCCAAAUACAUCGAGUCAAGGUUCCCGAUGCGAAAGUCAAAUGGUCAACCGAUUUUUCGGAGUACAGCCCUCCUGACUACACUGAUCCAAAAACAUUCGGAAAGCCCUAUGCUGAUGACAAAUUGGAUGGCAUAAAGUGGAAUGCCGUCGAUGGAAAGAUCAAUCGAAAAUCUCAUGUCGUUGAUUAUUCAUUUGACGAUGAAGGCCGUCCUUUGAAUCCGAUGGGACGCACAGGGCUGCGUGGACGUGGCGUGUUGGGAAGAUGGGGACCGAACCAUGCUGCUGACCCGAUCGUUACACGAAACAAGGAUGGACGUCUAUAUUUUGUUGCGAUUCAACGUAGUGAUACAGGCGAGUGGGCAAUCCCGGGUGGCAUGGUUGAUGCUGGAGAGAAUGUCUCUGCGACAUUGAAACGCGAAUUUUCCGAGGAGGCACUUGGAGGAAAGAAGACAGAUGAACUGAAGGAAUUGUGGACGAGGGGCAAGGAGCUUUACAAGGGCUAUGUUGAUGAUCCUCGCAACACGGAUAAUUCAUGGAUGGAAACAGUAUGUGUCCAUUUUCAUGACGAUGCCGGUUUGCUGAAGGAUGUGGAUUUGGAGGCGGCCGAUGAUGCAACAGCUGUGCGUUGGAUAGAUGUGUUCACCGAUGAGCCUCUCUAUGCUUCCCACGAACAACUUAUCAAGAUGGUGCCCUGGGGAGCCGUCGCUCGCGAUUCGAUUCAGAAGAAAGACAAUGAGGCAAAAUUUUCGGCGGUCAUUGUCGCGGACAAUUUCGAGCAUCGAUUUGACGCACUUUUUAGAGAAGGAGGCACCUGGUGCCAACAAGCCGUGUGCAACGUCCCAAUAAUCGAAAUAACGUUGGAGUGGCUUUUACGAGCAAAUCUGCCAAAAGUUAUCCUUCUUGUUGCUGAAAGAAAUUACAACCAUUUGAAGCCCGUUGAGGAGAAAUGGCGAAUCCACUUUGAGCAAUUUCUCAUCGUCAGUUGUAAGGACGCGUUAUCCGUUGGUGACACUCUACGCGAGCUCGACAGCCGGGCCUUGGUUACGUCUGAUUUCUUGCUCAUCGAUAACCCAGCUACAUUCACGAAUUCUACCCUGAAACCACAAUUGCAAGCAUUCCAAGAGCGUCGGAAUGCUGAUAAGCACAAUGUGAUGACCCUCAUCUACGCGAAGGCCGACGACCCGCAAAAAUCGGUGAUUGGAGUGAAGAAGGGCACCCAGAAGUUGGCUUACUUCCACAGCGCUGAUCACCCGUCUCGAGUGACGGUGGAAAAGAAUCUCUUUACGGAAGAGGUCGUGAUUCGCCGUGAUCUCGUCGACACGGGAAUCGCCUUCUGUUCUGUCAACAUCUUGGUGCAGGAGAUCUUGGUCAACGAAGAGAUCCUCUUGCUGAAUAUUCAUAUCGACGUGUUGAGCGCUAACGAGGGUGCUGUUCAAAUAUACGAUUACGACUCGUACGUUUAUGCUUCCAAGCUGCUGCUGAAUCAUUGGCUCUAUCCCCUGUCGCCUGAAAAUUUGUUCCAAUCGAGAGACUACGCGAUGCAAUCGAACGUGGCCGACAUUUACUAUGCACAAGAUUGCAUAAGAUACGGGUCUCUGAAAGCCCUGCGUGUCGAUGUGCUCGGUACCAGCUCGCUUUUGGGCAAAGAAGGGACGUAUGAAACGGCCGUGAAGGUGGUCAAUUCGGUGAUUGGAAAUGGGACGACGAUCGGCCUCGCCACGCGCAUCACCGACUCGAUUGUGGGGAAGAAUUGCAAGAUCGGGAAAGGGUGUCUACUGGAAAGCACCUUCAUCGGAGAUAACGUCACAAUACCCGAUAAUUGUCGACUGGAGAAGCAGAUCCUUAGCCAUAACCUGAUUUACCCAAGUACAUCCGACGAGUUGAAUUUCAUUGGUCAGCUUCUGAGCCCUUUACCUCCAGAUGAAGACUCGGAAGAUGGAAUUAAGUGCGUGAAGAUCCAAGAUAAUGUAUAUCUUUGGAAGCUGACCUCUGGGUUCUCUGUAUGGUCUCGGGCCCUGCGGAACAACGCGCUUUUUAGCGUCAACGGCGGUGGCUCUAACAGUGACGAUCUGGAAGAGGAGGAUGAAGACGAGGAUGAUCUUGGUGAAGUCGAUCCGGUGUCCAUUUUCCAAGAAGAGAUCUUUGACAGCAUGAACCGAAUCAUCGAGCUGGGCUUUAAUGAUCAGACAGUCCGCAAUCUCACGCUGGAAAUCAACUCGUCAAAACUGGCUAAUAACAUAUCAAUGGACGAUCUGUCCAAGUAUUUGUUCAAAUCCAUCCUCCAGCUCGACCCGUGCCAAACUAUUCCCGGAUUUAAAGCGCUCGCUCUGCAAUGGAAAAAUCUUUACACCAACUACUAUCGCCCACAAAGAUGUCAAAUUCAACUGUUGAUGGGCUUGGAGGAGCACUACCACGCGCAUGAUGGAUUUGGGCCCAAAUUGCCCCUGAUCGUCCAUUUCAUGUACGACGAGGAUAAAGGGCUCGGCGUCUUGGAUGAUACUUCGAUUCUCGAAUGGCAUAACACUCUCGACGGCGACAGCCCUUUGCGGCCCCUGAUGAAACAACUUGUGGAUUGGUUAGAAGAAAGUGAUGAUGAAGACGAUUCCGAU